CACGUGACUCCUCCCCCGGCUAGCAUCCACCACCAAACGUCCUCCAGCAUCAUCAUCGUGGUUGUCAUCUCUCUCACUUCUCACGCUUCAUCCACCAUCAGCCGCUCCUCGGACCAGAGUCCUAAACGAGAGCCGCGGGGAGAGAGAGAGAGAGGGAGAGAGGCUUCGCGGAGUGCGCGAUUCCCCCGGGAGUAUAGAGGGAGUCGAGGUCUCCUGUGGCGGGUGCUGGUGGCGAGACGCUGGGGACAGGGAGACUCCCAGAGCCGGGCUCUGGGAAGGAAGCACGAGGGGGGUGGGGGGGGGUCCGCGCGGCGUGGUUGUGUCUCGCUGCCGUCUCUCCGUCUCUGCCGUCCCUAACUCGCCUCUCCACUCCGUUUCUCGUGCGUCUCCUGUGCCUACAAUCACUUUACUGCGUCUUGGCGUGGUGUCUCUCUGCGGUGUUUCGAGUCUUUGAUGUGUCUCCGGUCUUUGCUGUGUCCCAGUGCUGUCUCUGUGCUGUUUCUCUGUCACAUAUCUGCUGUCUCUUUCUCGUUCCUGCUGUCUCUCUAAUCUCAUUGCCGUGUCUCUCUGCCGUGUCUGGCUGCAUGCUGUGUCUCUCCAGUAAUUGCUGUCUAUCGACUGUGUCUCUGUAACCUCUGCUGUGCCUUUCUAGUCCCUGCUGUGUCGCUAGUAUCUGCUGUGUCUCAGCUGUCUUUCUGUCGUGUCUCUCUGCUGUCUCUCUAGUCUCUUUACUGUGUCUCUGCCGUGUCUGGCUGCAUGCUGUCUCUCUAGUCCUCGCUGUGUCUAUCUCGUCUCAGCUGUCUCCCAGUGUAUUUGCCGUGUGUCUGUCUGCCGUGUCUCUGUGAUCUCCGCCGUGUCUCUGUGAUCUCCGCCGUGUCUCUGUGAUCUCCGCCUUGUCUCCACAUCGACUCUUUCUCACCAUCCACUCCACAUCGACUCUUUCUCAACAUCCACUCCACAUCGACUCUCUCUCACCAUCCACUCCACAUCGACUCUCUCUCACCAUCCACUCCAUAUCGACUCUUUCUCACCAUCCACUCCACAUCGACUCUCUUUCACCAUCCACUCCACAUCGACUCUUUCUCACCAUCCACCCCACAUCGACUCUUUCUCACCAUCCACUCCACAUCGACUCUCUUCCACUGCCACCCUCUUGCGCCUCUUCUGCCCUUCUUCUUGCUCCUCGUCCAGCCUCUUACCCCCACCACCACCCCCACCACCAACCCCACCACCCUCUCUGCUCCUCCACCCGCCGCUCCAUCACCCCCAGCUCGGCGAUGUCGAACCGCGACACAACCGGCGACCUCAGCAGUGGCCCAACGAGACGCCCACCCAGGGCCCUCGCAGAAGACGUCACCGGCGGCCUAACAAGGGAGCCGAGAGGGGAGGUCGCCGGCGGCCUAACAAGGGAGCCGAGAGGGGAGGUCGCAGGCGGCCUAACAAGGGAGCCGAGAGGGGAGGUCGCCGGCGGCCUAACAAGGGAGCCGAGAGGGGAGGUCGCCGGCGGCCUGGCAAGGGACCCGGCUCGCGACCUCGCGGGGGCCCUUCGCCCCGCGCCACGUACCCACUGGGUGGUGAGCGCCCUCGCCGCGCACUUUGGUCACGACCGCGGGGCCGAGAACGAAAUCGCGGUGCUGGCCACCGGCCUCGACCAGUACCUCCAGGAGGUGUUCCACCACCUGGACUACCCGGGACUGGGCACCCUGCCCGCAGACGACUUCAGGGCACUGUGCGACGUCUUGGGCCUCACGGACGAACGCGCACGUGGUGGCGAUGGCGGUGACGACGACGACCAGAGUGAUUAUGAUGAUGGAGGAGGUGGCGGUGGUGGUUGUGGUGGCAGUAGCAGCAUCCGUCUCCUGAAGGACCUCCCACAGAGGUUGACCUUCAGACAGUUCCACGCCAGGCUGUGCGACCACUUUUCCUGCGCCCAGCGUCCACCUGGCCCCGGGGAACGCAUGCCCGUGGGCGAGGAGAACGAGCUCAUUGAAGCUCAGAUCAGGGUGCGAGACCCUGUGAGGAGGAGGAGGAGGAGGGUUGCGACGACGACAAGGAUGAUGAUGUCGAGGAACACGUGCAGCAGCAGCAGUAACAGCAGCAGCGGUAGCAGCGGCGGCAGCGGCGGCGGCGGCAACGGAGGCUGCGCGGCUUCCCCACCCCGUGGCGACGGCGAGACGGACGGGGGGUCAACGGAGGGGUCGGAUGAGUGGACGCAUCUCGUGGAGGACGAGAACGCGAGCCUGAGGGAGCUGGUGGAGGACCUGAGAGUGGCGCUGCAGAGCAGCGACGCGCGCUGCCUGGCGCUCAACGUGGCGCUGCGCAAGAGGCGCCGGCAGGAGCCCUCCGGUUCCACCCCGGGCCCUCACCCGGGUUCUCACCUGGGCACUCACCUGGGCACUCACCUGGACCCUCACCUGGACGCGCACGUAGGUUCUCACCUGGGCCCUCACCUGGACCCUCACCUGGGCCCUCACCUGGGGGGCACUCACCUGGACUCUCACCUGGACACUCGAGUAGGUUCUCACCUGGGCCCUCACCUGGACCCUCACCUGGGCCCUCACCUGGUCCCUCACCUGGUCCCUCAACUGGACCCUCACCUGGGCCCUCACCUGGACCCUCACCUGGGCCCUCACCUGGACCCUCACCUGGGCCCUCACCUGGGGGGCCCUCACCUGGACUCUCACCUGGACACUCGCGUAGAUUCUCACCUGGUCCCACACCUGGGCCCUCAACUGGACCCUCACAUGGACCCUCACCGGGACCCUCACCUGGACCCGUGCCUGCAGGUGGCUCUGCGGCACGCGGUGCACAGGGAACGCGCGCUCGUGCACGCGCAGGUGGAGACGGCGAGGAGGGUGCGCGAGGCGCGGCGCCUCCUCGCCAAGGGGCUCGCGCGCGUGCUGCAGCUCGAGGCGCUAUGGAGCAGGCACCAGGCGCAUCGCGUUCAGCGCUCCUGGGCGGCGGAGCGCGACAGAAGCUUCUCGUGCGCCUCUCUCCCGUCGCCCAGACGCCGCUCGCCCACGGGCGGCGCUGCCUCGCCCACGUCGCAAGGCGAGGAACGUCUUCUCCUCCGUGCCGUGGAGGGCCAGGAGGCGCCGGGCGAGGCCGUGGACGCGUGGAGAUGCGGGCCUCGUGCCGAGGCCGGCUUCCCGCUGCCCGGCAAGCGGCCGACGCUGCCGCCCGACUGCUGUCCCUACGGAUGCCGCAAGGGGCUGGUCAAGCGGCUGGUGCGUACGUUCAGUGACCCGGAGGGCAGCCGAGAGAAAGGUGCCGGGAGGACGUGGGAAAAAAUCGCCGCGGGAAGCUGGGAGGCGAGUCCGGCGAGGGGCCCGGAGAGCUUCCCCGGAGACUGGUGGAAGAAGGGAGGGCCUAAGGGGUCCCCGGCCGGAGGCUCGGAGAUGGUGGAGCUGAUGAGGAGGGUGCAGAGGCUGUCGGCUCAGCUGCAGGAGGAGCAGGAAGUGCGACGGCGGAAGGGCGACGCACAACAGUGGAGGGAAGGGCUCGUGGCGGAGCUGCGCGCCCGGCGAGAGGAGGGCCGGAGGCUGCAGACGGAGCUGCAGGUCCUGGAGGCGGAGCGCGUGCGGCUGUCCCUGGUGGAGGAGAAGAUGGGCGACGUUCUGCACGCGAUGCGACGCCUCGGGACGCUGAACGCGUCCAGGCACCUGCUGGGCAAGAUCCUCCUGGACACGCUGGAGUCGUGCCGGGACGUGGGCGGCCGCGACGACGCCGCGGGCCCGGAGGACGUCUCGGCCGUGCUGGACGCGCUGCGCGAGCGGCUGUCCGCGUGCGACCCGCUCGGUGCGGUGCACCUCGAGCCGCUCGGUCCGGGACAGAGGAGGACGUCCACCACAGCCGCCGCCGCCGCCGCCGGCUCCUCCUCCUCCUCCCCCGCUCCCUCCUCCUCGUCGUCCUCCUUGUUGUUGUCGUGCUGAGGGCGACAUUCCUUUCGGUUGCUCUGAAGCUUCGGGAGAGAAGGGUAUGGGGGGGGAAUGAGAGGGGGCUUUAGUAGCGAAUGAGGAUAGAUUGAAAUCACGGGCAGAGGAGGAGAGGAAGGUUCUCAAGCCUGGGCUUAAACGGGUGGGGGGAGCAGAGGAUGGAGUCAGCAGUGUGGAUGUAUGUUGAUUAACUUCUUCAAUGUAUCUUGAACUUCUUUCGCGCCGUACGUUGCCAACCAUGCUAAUUGGAGGUGGGGGGGGGAGAGGGAGGACAACAAACUAAAUGCA